AUUAAAGGUAGUUAAUAUUGAGUGAGCCAUUCUGGAAACAUACGCAUGAACGAAAUAAAAAAACAACAAUCAACCAACCAAACUGUAAACAAAUAUAUUAAACCUAAUACUCAUAAUAAAAUAGCAACUUAUUCACAGUUCUAGACAAGAACAGACAUUUUGGCCAAUAUAUUCUAACUAAACUCAUAUUUCAGUAAUAAACUACUCAAAACUUCAGAUAUGUACAUUCUUGAUUUUGCAGGAAGUUAAUAAUGCAGAAAAAUGGCAGAAAAAAGGCCAUCUAUAUUUUAACAUCAAAUGGCUUGGUUAAUAUCAAGCCAUUUAUUAUCAAUAUUAAGGUAAGCAAGUGACUUUUUCUCACAGUUUCUUGCUGUAACACAGAAGACACCAUUUGAGGGUUGGGCCAAGGUAGGUCUUUUGGAGGGGAAAGAUUUGAAAAAGGAAGUUCUACCUUCUCAGGGUGUUUUGAUGACUUCUGUAAUGACAGACAAUCCAGAAUUUACUGUUUCCUUAGGACUUACCGUCUCUCGCACUAGGUUAGAAUUUGCUGCCUAUUUGCUUACCUAUGUUCUGCUGUCCCCUGUAGAGUGUAUGGAUGAGUUUUUCCUGCAUGAGGGGAAGUGUGUUCAGGAAUGCCCUUCACACUUCUACCCUGAAGACAAGCACUGCUUUCCCUGCCACGCUGACUGCAAGGACUGCAACGGGCCGGAUUCUGAUGACUGCACAGCAUGCACUUUCAGCUUGUUUGUCCUCUACAAUGGCAUGUGUUUUGAAGAGUGCCCUGAGGGGAGUUACUAUGAAGAAGCCACCAAAGACUGCCAAGCAUGCAACAGGACAUGCCAGACUUGUUCUUCCACUGUCUGCCUAACUUGCAGAAAUGGAUGGAUAUUGAACCAUGAUGGGCACUGUGUGUUAUCUGGAUACUGUUCUCCCACUGAGUACUACAUUGAGGAAAUUCAGACCUGCAAAUCUUGCCACAAGAAAUGCUUCCACUGCUCAGGACCCACUGAACAUCAGUGUCUUAGCUGUGUAAAUAACCGAUACCUUCUCAACAGAACCUGUGUUGAAACAUGCCCAGAUGGAUAUUAUGCUGACAGCACGGAGAGGCAAUGUUUUGCAUGCCACAGCACCUGUGACACUUGCACUGGAAAACACAGCUCACAGUGCCUUUCCUGUAAAUUGGGUUGGUACAGACAGGGAAAAGGAUGUGUAACCCAAUGUCCAGCAGGGUAUUUCGCACAAAAUUCCACUGGAUCAUGCGAGAGAUGCCACAAGAGCUGUAAGGAGUGUAUAGGGCCUCGACCCACAGACUGUCUUUCCUGUAACACGUAUUUCUACCUGUUGCAUUCCACAAAUGAAUGUGUUAGCUCUUGUCCUCAGUACUACUAUGAAAACAAGGACAACAACGUCUGUGAGAGAUGCCACUCUUCCUGUUUAACUUGUGAAGGGAAGGGAGCAUUCAGCUGCACAUCUUGUGUAUGGAGCUACAGUUUAUUAAAUGGAAUGUGCAACUCAGACUGUUUUGUAGGUGAAUACAAAGUCCAGGAGACACCAGGACAAAAGGAGAACAAACCCAAGUGUGAGAGAUGCGACAGCUCGUGCACUGAGUGUAAGGGACCUGGUCCUCUCAACUGCACAGUCUGCCCAGCCAGCAUGCAGCUCUUCCUGGAGGAAAGCCGCUGCCUGCCCUGCUGCAGUGACACUGACCCAGCAGAAACCCCAGAGUGUUGUGACUGCAGUGAAACACAAGAUGACUGUGUAUUACAGAAAACUCUACGCCCCGAGCAAAAAAGCAAAACUACUUUCUUUGUUAUCACUUGCAUUUUGCUUUUGCUUGUCAUCGGAGCCACUGUACUCAUCUGGAGAAAGGCAAAAACGAAAACCCAGCCUGUCAGUAAAGGACGGUACGAGAAGCUGACAAAUCACUCCAAAACCUUUCCUUCCUCUGCAAGCAACUACGACAAGAAUCCCAGCUACCAGGAGGAUCAAGUGAUUGAAUACAGAGAUCGAGAUUAUGAAGAUGAUGAUGACGAAGAUGACAUUGUAUACAUGGGCAAGGAUGGCACAAUUUAUCACAAAUUUAAAUAUGGACUUCUGGAGGAUGAUGAGGAAGAUGAGCUAGAAUAUGAUGAUGAAAGUUACUCAUUUAGAUAAUUUUUACUAAUUAGCCCUACUCUACUGCUUCUCCUAUGAAAGUAUAGCUAUUUAGUUAAUGUGUUUAGUUACUUGAUAGCAACCUGACCUCCACAAGUUUUGCUAUUAUUUAUUGUAAAAGAAGAAUAAUUUCUAGAAACUUAUUUCCUAAAUAAAUAUUUUCUAGGCUUUUAAGUAGCACUUCAGAUAUAAUCUGGUUAAGAGACCAAAUUUCUAUGCAUUUGUGUGGAGAAUAAUCCUUUCCCAAUACGUAUUUGUGUAACUAACACAAACUUUUCUUCAAACCAUUUUGGAGAACCCUGCCAACCACUACUAGUAAUGUGAUAAGCAAGAUGGUUGUAUCUAAUUGAUUAAUGCCACGGGAGAGGGUGCCAGUAGUUCGCUAAUUUGUGAUUAGAGUUACACAGCAAUUCAUAGCAGAAUAGGCAACUUGGAGGAAUUUAUUUAGAUUUUCUUCAUAAUCACCUGGCAUUCCCUGAAACAAACACAUUCAACUUCAUAAUCAUUACAGCAUAAUUUCCUGUGAAUUCCUGUAUCUAUGACAUGAUAUUUUAGGACUUAGGAUUGUGACUACUUCUCAUAACUGUAUUAUAUUCACAGUUUAUAUGAAAUAGAACAAAAAUAUUUUAUAUAUCAGCCUCUGAUUAAUCUUUAUGCAGUGUUUGUCAAAAAUUCUUGCGUUUUACAGAUUAAUUUCUCAGUUUACAACGAAGGGCAAUACUGUCUAUAAGCAUGUCACAUAGACACCCAUCCUGCAUCAUCAGCAGGUGGUGUUUAUAUUGUAAAUGGCUCAGGAUGCUCAGACAAUGGCAAAGGGGAUAUUUGCACUUUUCUGGUAAUUUUUAUUACUAUUACAGAAAUAAAAAUUUAUAAUUCUAAAGAAAAGCAUGGCCAUUUUUUGUGAAGAAUGAAUUCUUUAUCCAUCUUAGAUAUGUUGUUAUUCACUACAUUUCAUUAAAUCUCAGAGUUUCUCUAUGUUUCCAGUAAGGAUCUGCUCUAUACACAAUAAGGUUGUAUAUAUAAAUUCAGUAUUUACAGGGAAUUGUGUAUAGAUACCAGCUUUUCAUGGUUCAGUGCCUCAGAGGAAUUUUCUGUAUUACAUAUGCCUAAAGACCUCAGGAUAAUUCCACGGGUAAGAUUAAAGAUGUUUUAUGGAGAGGCCUAUUGCUUCCAAUUUAAUUUUAACCUUCUAGUCAUUGCACCUUCAGUAUGAGAGAGGAAUUAAAACUAAUGUGACUUCACAAAAGCUGAAACAAGUACCUAAGUAUAUCAAAAGCUGUAAAGCAACAUUUGACAGCAAGGUACUUCAGAAAGAUACAUGUUAUCUUUCACUUCUCAUUCAGAAACUAUUCCUCAAGAGUAACAGAUAUUAAAACUUUUCUAAAUACCACACUAGCAAGUGCCACCUUCUGCUUUAAUAAUUUCUCUUUCAUCUUUCUACUUUGUGUUUUCGGAGGAUACAUAUUUCAUAUUACAAUCAGACAGCAAGCCAUGUGACCCAGCAAAAGAAUUAUUUUAUGUGGUCUCCUGAACAACAACAAGCUCUGCCCUGUGAGCUGGCACAUUCCUGGGGUUUUCUGGGUUUUCAAUAAGCCUGUUCCCAUGCACUGGGCUUCUCUGGACAGUCUGUGGCAAAAGAUGUGGUUGCCAGUUUUUUUCCCUAUUUGUUUUUCCAUUCCAGAGAGUAUCACAAAUGGCACUUUUGUAACCCUAACAUUAAUGAGUCAUAAGAGCUUAUCUCUUCAAAGAAAGCACUGUUCACAGAAUUGACAAAAUACAGUUUUCCCUAUAUUUUAAACAUUCAGUCAUUAAAAAGCACACACACAAAACACAUCCAGUUCACCAUCAUUUUAUUUUACUCCAUUUUACUCCAUUUUGCACAAUGCAUUCUGUCCAGACCUCUAGAAAGUGAGGAAAUUUCUUCAUUUUUUCUCUUGAACAAACUUUAAUAUGCAUAUAAAUACCUCCUCUAAUUAUGCAGCCCAUUUAUUUUAAGUAAUUUCAACCAUACCUGAACUCAUUUUAAUAAGUAUUAUAAUGAUAUGUGCUACAGGGUUUCAAGAUUGAACUCUGCACGGUAAGUUGCUUAUGAAAUGAGUGUGUAGCCAUCAGAAAUUUUGUGUUUAUUUUUACUGGCUUACUGCUACUACUGAGCAUUUAAUAACAGAUUACAGAAAACAUUUUAUGUAUGAAGUAUAACAUCAUUGUGAACUGGUACUACAGCAGCAAUGAUGGUGACCAAGAAUUAGCAAACCUAAGCACUGCUGUAAUUACAUGUUCCCUUACGUGGAAGAGUUGUUACCUAAAUCUCAACCUUCUUCCAAAACUACUUUUUUUGUCAGGUCACUGGAAAAAUGGGAAAUAGUAUUUUUCUGUUAACUUCCUGCAAGCUUCAAUUGUGUCGCUUCUGUGUACAUUUUAGUUUUCAGUUCUCCACUCACUGAUGUGCAUUUACUUACAGAAUCAAACUGCAUUCAAGCAAUUUUUAAUUUAUGUUAUGCAAAUCACACUAUCAUUUUUCAGAGAACUGCUCUACUCAUAGGUUUGGCAAGAGGGUUUUUGUUUGUUUGUGUUGUUGUUGCUUUUGCAGUGGGAUUUUUUUGUUGCUUUUUUUUUCCAAUUUAUGAUGAUGACCAGAGAUCAGAUUCUUCUUCACUUGUACACAUGUUCAAUUAGGAGCCUGUGAAUAUUAUGGAA